UUCAAUGUUCCAAAUUAUAUUUUAAAUGUUCAAAAAAAUUUUAAUUUUUAUUGUUAAAAAAUUAUGACACAAUGUUAAAAUAUUCAGCAUGCUGCACAGAAACGUGAUAAGUGUAGUGUCGUUACUGUUGGUUCACUCCUCCCAAUCUUAUGAUGAACUACCUCACACCGCUCUAGAUAAAGUACCUGCUGUCCUUGGAGAAUCUGUUCAGCUCAGGUGCACCAAAAUAAUAAAAAAGUAUUCGGACGACUACAGCCAACCAGCGGACUGCAACAACUAUGGUCAUUCCUGCAAACAUGUCUGGACGAGAAAUGAUGAAGAGCUCACCCCGGGUGCUAAAUACAGUUUUAAAAGCAGUCUUACAUUUAAUUACUGUGAGACAUUUGAAUGGACCACUAAUAUCGUGAACAGCAUGAAUAUUGCAGCAGUUCGGGACAAAGAUAAUGACUACUACCGGAACAGAGAUAUGGAGUGCUUUGCAUCGGCCCUCACUAUAACAAACGUGACCAAGGACGACCUUGGUGAGUAUGAGUGCAAAUUGACUGAUGAUCAGGAAGAGACUGGAAUAUACGAUGUUCGGAGAAUCACAUUGGUUGAGAGUGUGCUUGAAGGAGCCCUCCCUGAAAAGAUAGAGUAUUUUGAAAACUUUUACACCCAGAGGAUCAGAUCUAAAUUGUUGAUGCAGUGUGUUGUGACAGGGGGACCUGUUUAUUGGUUUAUCAGAUUUGAUUCUGACCAAUGCAGAAUAUGGGAAGAACAGUACAAUAGUAAGAAGAGUAACCAGUUCAACUCUUGUGUGAAUGACACCAUUCAGCCCAUUGAACAGAUCAGUAAAAUGGAAAAUUGGCGUUGCUUUAAUUACAGCAUUGAGCAUCACAACCCAUAUGGUCUUGAUCAAGUCACCGAAUCCUUCAUUUACUUCCAAAACAUAUGUACACUGGACUUGGCUGGAAUAUACUGCAGUGCUGACCCGGAAGGUACAGUCAGGUCCGAACAGGGUGUACUUGUUAAUAUCAAGGACGAGUGGGAAAAGUAUUACUACGAUUGGCAUACCCUGUCUGUGUUGGGUUAUGUGGUGAUGCCUAUCGUAAUCGGUAUUUUCUUCUUAGUAGGCACGAUUGUAGCGGCUGUCCGGGGUAAAGUGUGUAACCGCUCAUGCUGUGGAGGUGAACAAGGUAAUUAUACGACCAUGCCAAAUAUUCCUCAAUCCCUGCAUUAUGCAGUUCCCGCCCCUCAGGCUUUGCAGCCUCCUCGCAGUUACAUGGUCCCUCAGCCUCCACAAAGUUACACGGUCCCUCAGCCUCUACAGAGUAACAUGGUCCCUCAGCCUCCACAGAGUAACAUGGUCCUUCAGCCUCCACAGAGUAACAUGGUCCCUCAGCCUCCACAGAGUAACAUGGUCCCUCAAGCUCCUCCUAACACGGUCCCUCAAGCUUGGGUCAACCCUCAGGAUGAUUAACUUCUCCAUGGCCCUUGGAUCGCCUGACUUCAUGAUUCAUUUACAACUUACCUUAGAUCCAUUGCUAUGAAGCAUCUUGG